AAAAAGGUGACUCCGAAAAUAUGUCAGAAGAUAUGGAGAUCGGUGAUUUCUUCUUAGAAGAUUCUCCAAUUAAUGAUGCUGUUGCUUCUGAAGUACUAAAAUUGCAGAAAAACGAAGAGAUGAAAGAACUAUACAAUGAGAAAAAUAUGGAGAAAUUGGAUGGAAUCUGGAAGAAGGGAGAAUCAAAAAAGAUUCCUAAGGCUGUUCUUCAUCAAUUAUGUCAAAGAUCAGGGUGGGAGGCGCCAAAAUUUGAUAAACUACCUGCCAAAGGUAAAAGUCUUGCUUAUUCUGUUAGUGUGUUUACGUAAAGCUAGCGGGAGGGGCAAGAGCAGAAAAGCUGGGGGGCUAAUCACCCUUCAGCUUCCUAAUGAGCAAGAAGCUUUUGAAUCCGCUGAGGAUUCACAGAACAGAGUUGCAGCAUUUGCUCUUUGUCAGUUGUUUCCAGAUCUUCCUACUCAGCUAAUACUGACUGAGCCAUAUUCUUCUCUCAUUUUUCAAUGGAAAGGAGGGGAAUCAUUGACCAAAAUAGAAGACAGUGAGGCAGAUCGAAGGGCUGGUUUUGUGGAUCGGUUAUUGAGUGCCGAUGAUUCCAGGUCAAAGGCUCCUAGUCAUGAUACUAAUUCUCUUGCUUUAGAUGAGCACCAGAAGACCUGCAUUGAAGAUAAUGAAGUCCCUAUUUCUUCUGUAGCUGAUCCAAUAACUGAAAAGAGAAGCCAUGCAAAAGAAGCAGAAAGUUUAUAUUUGAGACAGGAAGCAGAAAAGAGAAAGCAUACACAGAAAUACAAGGAGAUGUUGAAAACUAGAGCCGCUCUUCCUAUCGCUGCUUUGAAAAAUGACAUUUUGCAACUGCUAAAGGAAAAUGAUGUUCUUGUUGUUUGUGGUGAAACAGGAUCUGGAAAAACCACGCAGGUACCUCAGUUUAUAUUGGAUGAUAUGAUUGAAUCAGGAUAUGGUGGAGAUUGUAAUAUAAUAUGCACACAACCAAGGAGAAUAGCGGCAAUUUCUGUUGCUGAGCGAGUUGCUGAUGAGCGUUGUGAACCAUCUCCUGGUUCUAAUGGGUCGUUGGUUGGUUAUCAAGUUCGUCUAGAAAAUGCUAGGUGUUUACCUCCUUAUCUCAUAAGUUACUAUAAUGUGCUAAUUGCAAUUGUUGUGUCUAAUAUAGAUUGCAAUGCAAAGGAGUAAUACAUUGGUGACCUUGCUCUCAGAAAUGAGCUGCAACAAUUCUGUCUAUAUUCUUUAAAUAUUUUCUUUAUGCUAUUUCUUAAUGAA